UACAGUACAAACGCAUCAUUUUUGGAAAGGUCAAAACAUGCGAGGCGGACAGCCUGCUGUGGAAAAACGAAUAUUUUGCACCCAUAACCUCCUGAUACGCAACGUUGACCAAGAGACUUCUUCCGUUGUGUGUAUGCUAGGCAAAAAGCUGGAGCGUGUUAAAGGGAGGAAGGAGACUUGUGCACGGACAGCGGGGCUCUUUUAAGGACAGCAACAAUGAAGUUCGCUCAGUUUCUGAUGAAAAAUAGCUCAGUGGCCGGAAUACCCAAGCAAGUGGAGAGGUUUUCCAAGUUCUCGCCGUCGCCUUUGUCGAUGAAGCAGUUCAUUGACUUCGGCUCUGCCAAUGCGUGUGAGAAGACUUCCUUUGUGUUCCUGAGGCAGGAGCUCCCUGUCAGGCUGGCUAACAUCAUGAAGGAAAUUGAUUUCCUCCCGGACAAGCUCCUCGGCACUCCUUCCCUGAAGCUCCUCACCAGUUGGUAUUCACAGAGUUUGUUGGAGCUUGUAGAGUUUUUAGAGAAAGAUCCAGACGAUAAGGACACCCUGACAAACUUCACGCAAACGCUGAUUAAAAUCCGCAAUCGGCACAACAACGUGGUGCCCACAAUGGCUCAGGGUGUGCUGGAGUUCAAGGAUGCCUUUGGCGUGGACCCCGUGACCAACCAGAACGUCCAGUACUUCCUGGACCGCUUCUACAUGAGCCGCAUCUCCACGCGCAUGCUCAUGAACCAGCACACGUUAAUCUUCGACGGCAGCGUGAACCCGGCACACCCCAAGCAUAUCGGCAGCAUUGAUCCCACCUGUGACGUUGUGGAGGUCGUAAAAGAUGCCUAUGAAACAUCAAAAAUGUUGUGUGAGCAGUAUUACCUGACCUCACCGGAUAUGGAAAUCACACAAGUAAACUCCAAAAGCCCAGACCAGCCCCUCCACAUUGUUUAUGUGCCAUCGCACCUUUACCAUAUGCUUUUCGAGCUCUUCAAGAAUGCAAUGCGAGCAACAGUUGAAACUCAUGAGACGAGCCCAUCGUUGCCUGCCAUCAAAGUGCGCGCCUCACUGGGCACUGAGGACCUGACCAUCAAGAUGUCUGACAGAGGAGGUGGAGUCCCUCUGAGGAAGAUCGAGCGGCUCUUCAGCUAUAUGUACUCCACAGCUCCCAGUCCUGUACAUAUCGACAACUCUCGUAACGCCCCCCUGGCUGGUUUCGGCUACGGCCUCCCCAUCUCCCGUCUCUAUGCCAAGUAUUUCCAAGGCGACCUGCAGCUCUACUCUAUGGAGGGCUACGGAACCUCAGCUGUCAUAUACUUAAAGGCCCUGUCCUCGGAGUCGGUGGAGAGGCUCCCCGUGUUCAACAAGUCAGCCCUGCGCCACUACCAGUCCAGCACAGAGGCCGACGACUGGUGCAUGCCCAGCAAGGAGCCAAAGAAGCUGGGCAGGAGCGAGAGGACUCACUCAUGAUAGACUGAAGGAGGUAGCGGAGAAAAUACAGUAGAUAGUAGUAUGAGCGAAAAGAUACAAGUUGCUGAGAAAUGCCUUUGGCCAGUUGCGAUCAGAAUAUAACUGAAUUUUAUUAUUUAUCUUGAGACCAUAACGCAGCAGAUUUGAUUGAAGCUUGCAUUUGCUCCUCUCCUUUUUCUUGUUACAAUAACACACGUACUCCAUCAAAUAAGCCGACGAGCUGCUUUAAAUUGACAAACAAUAGGUUUUGUUUUCAUACAAAUCAACAAUGUUUCAGAACGCUGUCUAUGGUAAAUGCAUUGUAUUGGGUCGCUAUUUUAAUUUGAAUCUUGCAUCAGGUGACUUUGUUGGAACUGUGAGCCCUCGGAAACAAGUUACAUAAACAAUACUAAAAUGUUAAAGGUGCUAUUUGUAAAAGCCAGUCACUUUUCUCUUCUUUAAGUAACCACUGUAGUUAACCAGAUUAUAAUUACAUGUUUUUUAUCGUGACAGUUCUAUAUUUCAGUGACUCGAUAUUGCAACAGACCUUGCCACAAAACCUGUGUUAAAGCAUAUACAGUAGAGUGUGACGGGACCAAUUACCUUGUUCUUUACAUUUGUCAUCUUUAAUAUACAGUAUCGUAUAUGUUAUGAUGGCUCACGUAUUAGCAGUAUGCACAUUUCCUGUAAAGCCUCUUAAAUGGGUGGCUUUACAUUCAAGCAAAAAGCAGAAUAGCGAACAUUAUUUAAAACAUUUACCAUAAAAAAAGCUAUUGUUAGACAUCACUUAUACAAUGUGCUUCACGUCACCUGAUCUUCCAAACCUUUUACAGUGACCUCCCUUUGAAGAGGUCGUACGAAUGUAAACACCGAAAAGCCUAAUCUAAGUAGACCGUUCCCCCAAAGUACAUUACAGUGGUUCUGUCCACUUGGUGUAGGCGAGCCAGAUACACAUAAUUUUGGGAAAUUACUGUUUAUCUGCUCAGUUACUCACCAGCUAGUCAUUGGGUCAUGUGUGCGUGAGCUAUUUUAACUGUGGCCCAACUGCCAGUAAUCAACAAUCUGAAAGGGAUCUACCUCUCUGGUAUUAUACAGGUAAUAUAUUUCUUUGAACAAAAAGUAUUGGAGAGCCUUUCAAGCCCAGUUAAGAGCAUAAUACUACUGGAAUCUUUCAAGGAUUUUUUUUAAAUCUAAACUCAGUUGUACCGUAUUUGAAGUAUUUUAACUUCUUCAGUAAAAUGUACUCGAAAUUUUAGAAUAUCAACCAAUGCAUACGAGGACCCAGCCAGCUGAAAUGUUUUUACCGCUUAAAAAGGAUAAAGAAUGAAUAUGCUGAUGAAUGUUAAUUUCCAUGAGGAAGAACUGCACGUUCGUGUUUGAAAGUAGGGCUGCUAUGUACAGUCUACAAAGUAAUUUGUUAGUACUGUUGCAAAUGAAAGUGGAUGAUUGUAUUACUUUGCUACUGUGAUUUUGAAUAACAAAUGGCCUUUAUACUACCUAACGUGCAAACAUGCUGAUUAAUAUAAUAUUAUUAUUAUUAUUAAAUAUAUUAUUUAUUCUAAUUAUUAUUAUUAUUAUUAUUAAAUAUGCACGCUGUCGUGAUAUAAUGGACAUUGCCUUUUAAUGUCUUUAAUUCAUCCCAUUAAGUGUAUCAAUGAGCCUUUUCACAAGAAUUUGGUAGGAUUUUGAACAAAAUGUUUUGUAGUAUUAUGGUACUCUAGUUCAUUUUUUUGUAAUGAAUUCAUGUAAAAAUCACCUAAUCUCUAUAACUAUUGGGCCAGUUUUUUGCACAUUUCGUGUCCGCAGUUUUUCUGCCUUGUAACUAAACACUUUUUCGUACAAAAUUCUUGUGAGGCCACACUGAUCCCAACAUAUACUGUACAUUAUUUUUACAAUAUUAUUGUAAGUCACUUAAAGUGUGUCUAUGUACUUUACAUUUCCUCCUAACUGAAGGUUUAACAUUUCGUAUGCUUCCAUUUCAAAUGUUGUAUUUUACCACUAACCACAAAAAAUGCAGGGGGAAAAAAAACUGCAAAAACAUCAUGUCACUGUUCAAAGGGUAGUUUUUUUCCCUCUCCUUUAGCAAUUUUCAUCCACAUACCGGUUUCAACAAGAUAAAAAACAAACAUUAAACUAAACGCUACGUGUCAUCGCAGUUGUCAGCACUUUGACUCCCUCCUGGCCCUGCCCGGCGUGUUUGUGGACUCAUGCAGCGUACACAGUCCAGUGCCUCUUUAUGUGGCAACCUGCCAGUUGGGAUUGAAAGCAGGCAGUUCUGUUUGACCCGUCAUGAGAUUGACCUCAUGGCCCAUCCUGGUUGGGAUCAUUUCAAGCACUAGAAAAAUGCAUUCAUGUUCUGGAUAGUAAAGCAGCAGUGUGCCAAAGUGCAGAAAUAGGUUAACUGUUGUUAGCUGCACCUAUGGGAUACUAUUUCACUCCAUAUGUGCCUCUUUACAUGGCAGCUGCUAUACAUACGCCAUAACAGUUGCGUUCACAAAUCGGUCCACCAGCCUCCAGCAACUAUUGCUUCAUAAUGUUAAUGUACAGUGAGUACGGAAAGUAUUCAGACCACCUUAAAUGUUUCGCUCUUUGUUAUAUUGCAGCCAUUUGCUGAAAUCAUUUAUUUUAUUUUUUCCUCAUUAAUGUACACACAUUGUUGAAAUCUUUGCAGAUUUAUUCAAAAAGAAAAACUGAAAUAUCACACAGCCAUAAGUAUUGAGACCAUUUGCUCAGUAUUUAGUAGAAGCACCCUUUUGAGCUAAUACAGCCACGAGUCUUUUUGGGAAUGAUGCAACACAGUUUUUCACACCUGGAUUUGGGGAUCAUCUGCCAUUCCUCCUUGCAGAUCCUCUCCAGUUCUGUCAGGUUGGAUGGUGGACGUUGGUGGGCAGCCAUUUUCAGGUGUCUCCAGAGAUGCUCAAUUGGGUUUGAGUCAGGGCUCUGGCUGGGCCAUUCAAAAACAGUCACGGAGUUGUUCUGAAGUCACUUCUUCGGUAUUUUAGCCGUGUGCUUAGGGCCAUUGUCUUUUUUGAAGGUGAACCUACGGCCCAGUCUGAGGUCCUGAGCACGCUGGAGAAGGUUUUCGUCCAGGAUAUCCCUGUACUUGGCCCCAUUCCUCUUUCCUUCGAUUGCGACCAAUCGUCCUGUCCCUGGAGCUGAAAAACACCCCCACAGCAUGAUGCUGCCACCGCCAUGCUUCACUGUUGGGACUGUGUUGGACAGGUGGUGAGCAGUGCCUGGUUUUCUCCACACAUCCCACUUACAAUUUCUAUCUUGGUCUCAUCAGACCAGAGAAUCUUAUUUCUCACCAUCUUGGAGUCCUUCAGGUGUUUUUUCUUAGCAAACUCCACGCGGGCUUUCAUCUGUGUUGCACUGAGGAGAGAGCUCUUCAGGCAGUUCCUUUGGCCUCAUGAUUCUCAUUUGCUCUGACAUGCACUGUGAGCUGUAAGGUCUUCUAUAGACAGGGGUGGGUCUUUCCUAAUCAAGUCCAAUCAGUCUAAUCAAACACAGCUGCACUCCAAUUAAGGUUUAGAACCAUCUCAAGGAUGAUCAGAAGAAAUGGACAGCACCCGAGUUAAAUAUAUGAGUGUCAAAGCAAAGGGUCUGAAUAUUUAUGGCUGUGUGCUAUGAAGUUUUUCUUUUUGAAUAAAUCUGCAAAAAGUUCAACAAUUCCGUUUUUUUUUUUCUGUCAAUAUGGGUUGCUGUGUGUACAUUAAUGAGGGGGGAAAAUUAACUUAAAUUAUUUUAGCAAAUGGCUGCAAUAUAACAAAGAGUGACAAAUUUCAGGGGGUCUGAAUACUUUACGUACACAGUGUAAAUGUUCAGUAUCCCAAAGCCAACAAAAGUUAAACAGGUGCUAUACUAGCUAUACUUUAUCCUCUGCAAAGAACAACGAAUAUUACUGCGAGUUACUAAGGAGCUGAGACAGGCUCCUUGUAUCUUUGUGUGUCGGUAUGAGACUGUUCCCAGGAGGCCGAAGUGCGCACACCAGAAGGAGCAGCACAACGUCCGUUGAAUUGAAACAAAAGAAAUGUUAUUUCUUUACACGCGAUGUAAUUGUCAUUAGUGUAUGCUUUUUAUAAAGUACAAUAUUGUAGUAUUUUUCUUAUUGAAAAACCCCAUUACAAACAUGAUUGUUUUGUUUUUUUGAGGGGGAGGCUGGACUGGAUGAAUCGCAUUUCCAUUCAUUUCAAUGGAGCAAGAUCAUUUGAGAUGGUGUUUUCUUAUCCGUUAAAAUUGGGGUCCGUUAAAAUGAGGUUCCAUUGUAUAGCAAAACUAGUUAAUACUAUUAACUCUUAAAAUGGAAACGCUCUCUGUGGUGGAAGGGGCAAAUGUAUUGAUCUGACCCCAGAGAACUUUGUACACAUGUCAAAAUGACCUAAACUGUCUGGAAAAGAAAAGAAGAGGGGGGAAAUUUGGAGAAAGAAAGGGGCAAAGAUGCAGUAAUGAAACGAAGCGUCGGUUGUACUGCAUCAGAUAUUCGACACUGUGUACUGUUAAGUUGAAGACUCGAUUCUGAGUGAUCAGCCUCAAUUUUCACAAAAAAAAACAAAACAAGUUUUGUAUUUCAUGGCGGAGCCAAUAAAAAUUAUGGAUCAUUUGUAGAGAUUAAACAUUCUUAGUAGGUGUCUACAUUGGCCUAACCUACACUUACUGUUGUAAACUUUACAUCAGUGUUAAAGUACACACUUUUAAAAAGGCAUCAUAAUUUAGCAUUGCCACAUGCCAUAUUAAACUGCAGUUGAUGCUUCUUGGCAUUUGCCACUUAACAUUUCAAUAUAAUGACAAUAAUGUUGUAUCUAAUAUACUGUAAAUAUCAGGGAAAAAUAGAUGGUAUAUAAUUACAUACAACAUGUAUCAAUAAGACUUUUCAACAGUUUUCUAGGAAUCAUCAUUUUUAUAUAAUAUCUGAAACAGUCCUCAGAUGUACUUUUGAGAUAUUUAACCUUUGGGCAUCAACAUUGUAUAACAUAAUUUAUUGCCAUUAUUAUUUAUUCAUUUAUUUAAAGGAUUUGUAUUUUGUGGUAAGGGUAUUUGUAUUGUAUU